AUGCCUGCGACCGCCGUUGAUGAAUCCGAGCAGGCUGCGACUGCCGCAGCCUCCAGUGACAGCCCCAAGUCUGAUAUCGCCUGCCUCAUUUGUCGUUCCCGCAAGGUCCGAUGCGAUAGAUCCCUCCCCGACUGCCGAAACUGCUUGCGCCUUGGCGUUCCUUGCCCCAGAUACGACCGCGAAAAUGAAUUCAUAUCCCGCAAAGAGCUGCAGAAAUCUGCCGACGAUAUAUUUCGUGCCGCCGGUGUUGAAAAACGCAAAGUAGGCUCCUGUGAGGAAUGCCGCGCAUCAAAGCAUCGCUGCACAAAGACCCGUCCUGCCUGUCGCCGCUGCAUUUUGCGCAACCUCACAUGCACCUACCCCGGCAAACAAGAACGUGAGCCCUCCAUCAGCGGCAGCUUAUCCCCUGGCAGACAAGGUCAUGGCACCACUCCAACGAAACCAGAGCCGCGCGAUACCUAUACUCCUAUGGAGAUGCACCCUAUACGACCCGAGCCCGACCACCGGCAGUUCCAGCCACUCAACCGACAAAAUGCCCACACAGAGGAGCCACCGGUACCGAUGAACUAUCAGCAGGCGCAGUACCAAUUACCACAGCUUCGUCAUCAUCAAGAACCUACAAACACACAAAGCCACAUGUACAACCACAAUGCCCUACCAAAUGGGUUAAGCAAUUACACCCAUCAACCCAUGGCCCACGACAGCUAUCAUCAGGUACCGCCGCAUUCGCUAUCGAGCAUUCCACAAUAUCAGCAGCCGCCACGGCCAUCCCAACAACACAUCCAGCCACAGCAGAACCUGAAAACGAAAGGCCCCCUCCCUGACAUCCUCGCGCAAGAACCUGAGGGCGUCUAUUCGGAACGGUUACCUGAAAAUCGCGGCUUCCGUGAAAUCCUCAUCAAGACGUACUUUAACCGGUCCGCUCCUCUACGAAAUCUUUCCUUCAUUCACAAGCCGUCGUUUAUGAAAUCGCUGGAUCAGGACAGUGUUGUACAAGAUUACGGAGAGCCUUUGCUUUACGUCAUGUGCGCUCUCGGUGCCCGGCAUCUCUAUUUUGACCAUGUCGCUGAAUGUGGUGAGCCAAUGGUUGUCGACGCGAACCAAGUCCCGGGCGAGAAAUGGGCCGUCAAAGCUCGACAGGAUGCUAUGCGCGAUCUUCAUACGCCCGACGUACACAAUCUUAUGACCAUGGUGUUGCUAUGCGACUACAGUCUCCGUGAGGAUAAAAAUGCCAUGGUGUUUGUUCUCAUCUCCGUCUUGUACCGCAUGGUUCGUCUCCUGAGCCUAGACUCAUAUCGACCUCUGGACCCCGAUGCUACCCCGACUGAAAUCAUGGAACGAGAGAGCGAGAUUCGGCUUGUCUGGGCAUGCUACUACCUUGAUGUGCUCGUCGGAAAUGGCGUAGAAAAGAAUCUCUGCUGGAGAGACGACGUCCCUGCGAUUCCUUUGCCCUGUCCCGAGCAGAGUUUUACAUCCCAGACAGCAUCGCAACCAUACUUCCUCGAAGACAUUGAGCGGAAUGAUUUGGCGGAUGUGGUGCCGCACCUAGACUUCCAAGCGCUUUCGAUCUUGAUAUUACGGCUUCGAUCCAAAGUUAUGCACCUCAUCCGAACACCCGAAAAAGAGAGCAAGGCUUGGGACAAUGAUUCGAAAUUCCUACAGAUUAUUAGCCGCCUCGAGACCAUUCUGGCCAAACUUCCGGAGAAAUACCUUAUAACCGACAUCAACAUGUACAUUCUCAGAGAAGACAACAUCCUGGGGGCUGUAUUUGUGCUGCAUCUGCUCAUGCACGCAGUCAUCUUCGACCUGACACGGACGUCGCUAGCCGGCUUCAACUUUCCAUUGUCGAAUGACUUCAAGGUUGCGCCGGAAGCGUUUAAAACCAAGUGUCAGGAUCUUUGCCGACAACACGCCAUGGAGGUAUCGCAGCUCUUCCGCAGAGCUCUGUACAUGGGACGAAGUGCUUUCGAUGACUUGUUCUGCGUCGAUGCCGCGUUCGAGUCAUCCAAAGUGCAGCUUGUAUACGCCGCCACUGUUAACCAUAGUCCGUUUAUCGUUCAGCAGACCAAGUCCAAUCUCGGCACCAACAUUGAAUGCCUUCAGACCUUUAGCCGAGACACGGCCACCCGAAACUCGGUUCUCCGGGCGCUGCUUCCAAUCUGCACGCUAUUUGGAUUCCGAGAAAUCGCAGAAAAAUUUGCACCAAGCGGGGAAACGCCUGACGAGUCGGAAGUGACUGGUUCUGCUGACAUGCAUCACUUGUCCCGACUCGCUCCGUUCCGACGAGGCCGAUCCGAGCUACAACGAGCUUCGCAUGCAUCACAUAGCCCGAAAACACCAUCGUCCUCGAACACUUACCCAUCACCGAUGACGCAGUCGAGCCGAAACGUUCCACCGAGGAGCGCACACAGCCAAAAUGCUGCGCCGUUCAAUGGAAUGGUGCCCAUGGUAAUGGAUGGAAACAUGGGCCCCAUAGCAGCACCUGGACCAUCGCAGCGACCGCCUCUACAAAUCAUGCCUUCGGCGGGUGUCAUGGCGCAAAACGGAGCUAUGCUACAGCCCUCUAUCGACGAUUAUAUCAAAACGGCCGACGAAAUGUCGAAUCUGCUUACUUGGAACAUGCCAGACCUAUCUCCAUGGUUUACGUUUGAUAAUAUGCUCCUUCCAAGCUGA